AUGCAGCUACAACUGCCCUAUGCCAUGUACAUGCAGCUACAACUGCCCUAUGCCAUGUACAUGCAGCUACAACUGCCCUAUGCCAUGUACAUGCAGCUACAACUGCCCUAUGCCAUGUACAUGCAGCUACAACUGCCCUAUGCCAUGUACAUGCAGCUACAACUGCCCUAUGCCAUGUACAUGCAGCUACAACUGCCCUAUGCUCUGUACAUGCAGCUACAACUGCCUUAUGCUGUGUACAUGCAGCUACAACUGCCCUAUGCUGUGGAUAUGCAGCUACAACUGCCUUAUACUGUGUACAUGCAGCUACAACUGCCCUAUGCUGUGUACAUGCAGCUACAACUGCCCUAUGCUGUGUGCAUGCAGCUACAACUGCCCUAUACUGUGUACAUGCAGCUACAACUGCCCUAUGCUGUGGAUAUGCAGCUACAACUGCCUUAUGCUGUGUACAUGCAGCUACAACUGCCCUAUACUGUGUGCAUGCAGCUACAACUGCCUUAUGCUGUGUACAUGCAGCUACAACUGCCCUGUGCUGUGUACAUGCAGCUACAACUGCCCUAUGCCAUGUACAUGCAGCUACAACUGCCCUAUGCCAUGUAA